UUGACAGUGUGGGCAAGCCUCCAAAGCACGUUUUUUUUUUAAUCGAGAGGAAGUCGCUGUUGUUCUUUAACUGUACUUUUGCAAUGGAGAGAGAAUGUGCAGAACUGUUGCCCUCUGUCUGCGCAGUUUUAGCAGAUUCCAGGGAAUCCGUGCCAGAUGACACCUGUUUGGAAAAACUGCUGGACUGGUUCAAGGAGCAGACUGGCAAAGUGCCAGGGCUGUCUCUUCUGCAGCAGAAUCCAUGUUUGACAGACUUGAUAAGCUCUGUGCACAAGCUGAGGGAUCUGGAGCCCAGCGUUCUCUCCUUCAUCAGCAGGCUGGCUGGGCUGUUCGCUGCCUCUGAGGACGUUUUCUAUUGCUUAGAGCAUCAGAGCAUCUUGACAGAACUCUUUGAUAACAGGGACUCCUGGCAGGAUGCAACUGUGCGGUGUGGUUGGAUCCAUGGGUUACUGAGCAUGCUUCGGCACUGGCCUGCCAUGAAGUUCAUCUUGAAGCAUGAACGGAUUCAGGUGAUCUUUAAGCUGCAGAGGGACUCCAGCCUCUUUGUUGCUUCUGCAGCCAACCGGCUGUUGGCACACAUACUAACAUUCCCAAAGCUUCAAGAAGCCUCACCUGGCUCUGUGUAUUGUGAAUGGACAGAGUGCGUCAAGGAGAUUGCUGGACAUGUAGAAGACUCAUUGGAGUCUGGCAUUCCGCAGCAUGUCCAGCAGUCCUUAAAGCUUGUGACUCUGGCUUUGGGAAACUGCCAGCCAGUGGUCAUGGAAAUGCUGUGGCAAAAGGUAGGCGGGCAUGUGGAAUCAUUGCUGGAGAAGGAUCCGAGCAACAUGGCACAGAGAUUGCUGGAACUGCUACUCGUCGCAUCUAGGACCCCGCUGUUUAGCAGCGCAGACUCCCAGGUAGUUACUGUGAUGAGUCUCAUGCUGUGUUCUCUGACUCCAACACUUGCUAUUCCGUUGGCUUCUGGAAUUUUGAAACUUGAGAACUGUCCAGAAAGCUUAAGAAUCAAGGCUCUAAGAGUGGUCCUUCACCCAAUGGAUUGUAUACUAAAAGUCACUGACCAGCAGCCUCAAAAUGCAGGCUUGCUGGAUGAAUUUGUUUGUAAGGAGUCCUUUAUUGAAGAUCAGCUGUCUAGAAAAACAUCAUGUAUCUCUCUCCUGUGUCUCUCACUUUCUCAUGCAGGGGAGCUAGCAGAUGUGCCCUCUGCCUCUGUGGAGCUCUCAUCCGGAUCGUUGCUCAGCUCGGUUGUGGCAGUGUUGCAGUUGUGCAUCGGUAUUGCAGUUCCCACAACCCCUGCCUGUAUCUGCCGACAUCUGAUUGGUUGUGUCAGGGUGCAGAGGUUUGCAGUGGACACGCUCGGGAGUCUUUCCAAGCAGGCAGGAAGCACUGAUUUUGUUGAGCAGGUAUUCAACAUUCUUCUAGAAUACCUCAUAAACCCAGACACAGAGUCUUCUGUUCUAAAGAAAGUCAUGCAAGCUAUCUUGCAAUGGUUUUCCCGCCAUUCUGAUCUACCAGUAGUGUGGCAUUCUCUAAGCCAAGAUCUGUUUCCUGUCCUGAAGAAACGCCUCUGUGAUGUGAGAUGGGAAGUCAGGGACUCUGCCCUUGAGUUUCUAACACAGCUUACUUUAAAUUUCCAAGGGAAAACAGAGUUUCCACCAAUCCUGUUGAGUUCUGGGAUUCUGAAACUCCUUCUGGAUUUGCUGUCAGACUCUGAGAGUUAUGUUCGGGCAAGUGCUGUUACUGCCCUGGGACAGACUGCCUAUAUUACAAACAAUAAUGAAGAGACUCUCAACUCUGAGAGUGGCACAAGUGUGCAGGAGGACAUUGCCUCACGGUUAGUUGACAUUUUAGCCCAGGACACAGAGGGGUUCCCACGGAGGGCUGUGGUCAAGGUGUUUGCAGACUGGCUAAAGCAGCACUCCCGUCUGACAAUACAGAAUUUUGAAGAGUCUGCAGCCAGUGUGCUGAAGUACGGGAGCAAUGACUUAGACUGGGAAGUAAAAAUCCACAGCUUGGAGAUGGCUGAAGUUUGUAUCAAUCAAACACUAUCAAAAUCUAGUUUAUCAUCUUGCCCUUAUGCAGUUAUUCAAUCGGAAAACUCCAAAAACGAAAAACUUACAGAAUCCCUUCAGAAGCUGUGCAGCCUUAAAAUAUUUGAAGUUCUGCUCGCUGGACUGUAUGACUGUGACCGGCCUGUUGCGCAGAAGGCAUGCACAAUUCUAAUCUCCUUGAAGCAGGUCGUUUUGGAAGACAGGGAGGCCCUAGAUCUUAAAGGACUCACAUGGGCUCCAGAUAUUUUAAGUAAAUGCUUUUCAAAACACAGUAAAAUGGCAGUCUGUGGAGAAACCAAUCCAAGUUUACAAGCAGGGGGCAAUCUUGUUGAGAUUUUGUCUAUUCUGGAUUUGGAGACAAUGCAACAAACCUUAGAGAGGAGCAGUGACUACAUAGAAAACAGUCCUCGCUCCCUCCUGCAAGAUAUUCUGGCUGCAACUGAAACCACAGAGGACAACGCUAUAGACUGCUAUUAAACUUCAUUUAAUUAAUUCCAUGGAACUAAGAAAAACUGUUUUGCAGUAUAUGUUAUUAAAAUGAAAAUAAACACAUGAAUGUAAAUAGUGCCA